GAAUAUUAUUAGACGCUUUCGCUGAAGUGAACUUAAAAAUCUCGACAUCACACAAAUCCGUCGAGGUUUAUAGAAGCUUGACAAAUUUGUAUACGUUUAAAACGGAUUUUACCCGAACGAUCAAAACAGAUCAGAAUAUGCUUAUUGAUAGACAAAAUGUAUUUACGGGGCAGCCAAUGAUGGUUUUCGGUAACUCAAGAGCCUAGAUACACUGCUUUGGACAAAGUCAUUGCUAAGCAUCGUAGCUGUCCAGAAUAGACACUCCUAAAUAUAAAUCAUGUCUUCCGUGACGCUACUACCGGAUAUAAUCCCGCUCUCGGACAUCAAAGCUGCCCAGACAAGAAUAAAGGAGCACGUUCUUCGCUUACCACUCAUUCCACUAAAUGUCGAAUGGGAAGGAGGAAAGAUUUAUCUAAAGUUAGAGAACCUCCAACCUAAUGGUUGUUUCAAAAUACGAGGUGCUUGCAACGCCAUCGGUUGCCUAUCUGAGGAUGAUCUUGCCCAAGGUGUUUAUACCGCCAGUGCGGGAAAUUUUGCUCAAGGUCUUGCAUAUUGCACGAGGAAAUUUGGGGUGCCUUGCAAUGUACUCGUGCCAGACCACGCCCCUGAAGCAAAACUAGCCAACGUUCGCCGACUUGGUGGAGAAAUUCACAAGGUUACUUUCGACGAAUGGUGGGAAAUCAUUAAAAGUCACGGACGAGAGGGCAUGCCAGGGAGAUUUGUGCACCCUGUGUCUGACUGCGCCGUUAUUGCAGGUAAUGGAACCAUUGGCGUCGAAAUAUUUGAAGACCUACCCGACGUUGAUGCGGUCAUUGUACCUUAUGGUGGUGGAGGUCUUAGCUGCGGGAUAGCUUCAGCUCUGAAGCAGCUUCAACCUUCUUGCAAGGUCUUUGCGAGCGAGGUAGAGACGGCUGCACCGUUAGACGCUGCGUUCAGAAACGACAACGUUACAGAGUGUUCUUAUACACCUACUUUUAUUGAUGGAAUCGGGAGCAAAUCUGUACUAGAAGAAAUGUGGCCUAUGGUGAAAAAUCUGAUUUCGGGGUCUCUCGUAGUAACGGUGGAAGAUAUUGCCCGAGCACUUAAAAUCCUGAUAGAACGGAACCACGUGGUCGCCGAGGGCGCAGGUGCGAGCUCAGUCGCUGCGGCGCUUGCAGGAAAAGCUGGAAAAGGAAACAUUGUCUGCGUCAUUUCUGGUGGAAAUAUUGACACUCAUAAGCUGGUGGACAUCCUGCAAGGCAAGGUCCCACAAUAAGCUGCAAAUAAAAAUAGAGUGGUUUGACAAAUAAGUCUGUAUUAUUUAAGCAGGAACCGUACCAUUGUCUUUUAAACUGAAGAACCUUAAAUUGUGCCUUGACCCAUUAUUGGUGUCAGAACCGAAGAUUCUUGAUGAUUUUGAAACUAUAAUUAAUUAUAGCAAUAUUUGUAUAAUAGUUUGUAAUGAUUUAUUUUUGUUUCGAUUUAAAUUGUUACACUGGUCCUAUACACCUUGUUUAUAUAAAGUAAAUUGUAUGUUUCUAAUUUAAACCUACCGCGUCAGGUACUUUAUAUCAAUCAAUAUAGUUGUAUUUUAUUUUACAUGGAUACUAGUCCUCCAUUGUUAUACGUGUACAUGUACUUAUGUAUACAUACACACGCAUAUGAAGUCUAUAAAUAGAUUUUACUAAAGGUGUAAUUAUAUCUAAUCAUAUCUUUAAAAUAUAACAUUUUUUUUAAAUGUAUUAUGCAAUGACUAAGAUGCUAUGGAUAAUGUUUGUAGAAACACUGUUGUGAUUACCUCAUUUAUUGAAUAAGCAGUAUAUAUAACCUUAAUUUCUUUCAUUAUUUAAUAUUAACACUGUUGAUUACCUCAUUAAUUGAAUAAGUAACUUAAAUUAUUUCAUUAUUUAUACAUGUACUUGUGUAAUUGAUAAUCAUGUAAGAUUGUGUCCAAAACUAAUGCAGUUCUUUGUGGCAGGGAUGGAAAUGGUUCAAUUACAAAUGGGACCAAUCAGAAUCGUCAUACUCCCUGAUAAAAAUAAGUUUGCCUUCGUCCAUGCUUUGUUCAAUGUCAAGGUCACACAUGAAUGUCAGUUUAAACCAGGAAUAUAAGCAUUUAAAACUCAAGAUCUUUUUUUCCCCUGAAUUAUAUUGGAUGACAAGGUCAAGCUUAAAAAGUUUAUUUUGAGCACUUGUGGUCAUAGCAUUUCGAGCUGUCAAUGUGUCACAAUUAUAUAAUGGUGCUCUAAAAUAUCCCAGAAAUUGUCUUUAACCAAUGCAGUUUGCCAAUUGAUAAAUAAUUUUGCUCAAGGUUGACAACCAUCGAGGAUUUUUAUUAUUGAAAAUAAAUAUAAAUUUUCAGAG